AUGGAGAACGCCUGCAUAAACUUCACCGCCGUCGCGCGCUCGGCGCGGAUGCUCAAGAUCGACGGCUUCAGCCUGACCGAGAGCAUGGACCACGACGACUGCGUCAGAUCCAGGUGGACCUUCGACGGGUACGAGUGGGAGGUCCGCGUCUACCCCGCGAUGACCAGCUCUGCCGGCGGCGGCGGCGGCGCGUACGUGGUGCUGGAGGUCGCCUUCCUCAGCAAGCCCCGCAGGGGCAGCGUGAGGGCCGCCAUAGGCUGCCGGCUGGUCGACCCGAGAGGGAUACUCAAACCGUCCAAUGAAAUCAGUAUCUCAAAGGUGUUCAGUCGCCCGCAGGAAUGCUCGACCAAGGCGGCGGUCGUCGGGCGGCGCGCGCUGGCGGCAUCGGCGUUUCUCCGGGGCGAUUCCUUCACUAUGGAAUGCACCAUUGAGGUUCUCAAGGAGCUGCCUGACACGGUGACGGACCCUGUCCAAGAGGUGCCGGUGCCAUCCUCAAACUUGAGUCGACACCUGGCUCUACUCCUGCAGAGCGAGGCCGGAGCGGAUGUCACGUUCCUCGUGUCUGGCGAGUCCUUUGCUGCGCAUAAGAGCAUACUGGCCGCGAGGUCUCCGGUUUUCAUGGCCCAGUUCUUUGGAGACAUGAAGGAGAAAUGCUCGCAGAGUGUGGUGAUCGAGGACAUGGAGGCUGCGGUGUUCAAGGCCCUGCUUCACUAUAUCUACACUGAUACUGUGUCUGAAUUCGACGAGAAGGGUGAGGAGGUGACAAUGUUAGCUCAGCACUUGCUUGCAGCUGCUGACAGAUACGGGCUGGACAGGCUCAAGCUGAUCUGCGAAGGCAAGCUCUCUGAUGGCAUCAAUGUUGACACUGCAGCGACGUCUCUGGCUCUAGCCGAGCAGCACAACUGUCCACGGCUCAAGGCGAAGUGCGUUCAGUUCAUCAUUAGAAAUCGUGAAGUUCUUGAUGCUGUGUUGGCGACGGAGGGGUACAAGUACCUGGCGAUGGCCCAUGAUUUGGUAUCCAUCUCCUUUUAUGCUUAUCACUGCCACCAGGUGAUAUACGUGAGCAGUGUGCAGGAUGCAGGGCUUUGGCAAGAACCUUCUGUUCAGUGA